GCGAAGCCCCGCCCGCUAGCGAUGCACGGCGUCCCUAACAACCGGCGUUGCGUGGGGACCUGCGGGAAGGUUCCCGCCAGCACCCAGGAUCUGCCUGUCUGAGAAGCUCUCCGUCACGUGCCCAUCACCAAGGGGCCACCUGGCCCUGUGUUGCCAACCCCCAGCAUGCAGGAGACCCAGACAACAGAGUCGCCGUCAAUCCCCAGCCGGUCCUCAACCUCCACCCAGGACCGGUCUUCCGCUGUGGGCCAAACUUCGAGCACAGGCCCACAGCCCUCAAAGCCCACCCCAGUUAUCCCCCCGCUGGUGAAGUCCACGGGCCCAAGCUCUGGGUCUGGGGUCCGGCGGAUGCGCAGGAUCAUCGCUGAGGACGCUGAGUGGUCACUGGCCAUUGUGCCCCUCCUCACAGAGCUCUGCAUUCAGCACAUUGUCAAGAACUUCCAGAACAACCCCAUCCUGAAGCAGCUGCUCCCAGAGCAUCAGAAGAAGGUCCUGAGCCACCUGUCUCCUGACCUGCCGCUGGCUGUGACCGCCAACCUGAUCGAUGAUGAGAGCUACUGGCGCCGCUGCUGCACGCAGCGGUGGCCCGUGUGCCACGUGGACAAUCACGGCGGCAGCUGGAAGCGCAUGUUCUUUGAGCUGCACCUGGAGAACUUGCUGAAACACUUCAUCCCGAACACCACCGACCCCGCGGUGAUCCUCAGCCUGCUGCCACUCUGCAGGAACUACGUGCGCGCCCUCCGGGUGGAUCAGUUCCUUCCGCCCGUGCAGCUCCCAGCCGCGCCCCGUGGCGGGGAUCAAUCCGAUUCCGGCAGCGAAGGGGAGAUGGAGGAACCGGCCAUGGACCACUACCAACUGGACGACCUGGUGGCUGGCCUGAGCCAUCUGGAGGAGCUGGACCUGGUAUACGGUGUCAAGGACUGUGGCAUGAACUUCGAGUGGAACCUCUUCCUCUUCACCUACCGCGACUGCCACUCCCUGGCAGCCACCGUCAAGGCCUGCCACACCCUCAAGAUCUUCAGACUGACCCGAAGCAAGGUGGAUGACGACAAGGCACGCAUCCUAAUCCGCAGCCUUCUGGACCACCCGGCCCUGGAGGAGCUGGACCUGUCGCACAACCUCAUCGGGGACCGGGGCGCGCGCGCCGCCGCCAAGCUGCUGAGCCACAGCCGCCUGCGCGUGCUCAACCUCGCCAACAACCAGGUGCGCGCGCCAGGCGCCCAUUCGCUGGCUCACGCCCUGGGGCACAACGGCAACCUCAUCUCCCUCAACCUGCGCCUCAACUGCAUCGAGGAUGAGGGCGGCCAGGCGCUCGCCCACGCCCUGCAUACCAACAAGUGCCUCACCACGCUGCACCUUGGGGGCAACGAGCUGUCCGAGCCCACCGCCACCCUUCUGUCCCAAGUGCUCACCAUCAACACCACGCUCACCAGCAUCAACCUGUCCUGCAACCACAUCGGGCUGGAUGGCGGGAAGCAGCUCCUGGAAGGCAUGUCAGACAACAAGACCCUCCUGGAGUUUGAUUUGCGCCUGUCAGACAUCGCCCAGGAAAGCGAGUACCUCAUCGGCCAGGCCCUCUGUGCCAACCGUGAAGCAGCCCGCCAGCGGGCCCUGAAUCCCAGCCACUUCAUGUCCCCAGUCACUGCCAAGGGCCCUGAGAAUCCUGUGGGAUAAGAUGGGAACAGGGCUGGGGCGGUGGCCAGACCUAGGUCACUGCCCCAACCCCAGCCCUCAUUUCAUGCCCCUGCCAUGUCUGCUCUUGAGA